AACUGCGAAGUUUGAGAGCACAGUAAACAGACUCGCGGAACUUGCAUCGGACCAGGAUGUCACGGCAUUUUCUUCCAGCUACACUAAUUCUGGUGGCUGGAUUCUGGCACUAUGGAUGUGCUUCGAGGAUACUUGGUAUAUUUCCAACACCCUCCAUCAGUCAUCAAGUAGUAUUUCGUGGACUCACCCUAGCGUUGAGGGAACGGGGCCAUGAGCUCGUUAUUUUGACAACAGAUCCUGUGAACAAUCCAAAUCUGACCAAUUACAAGGAGAUAGACCUGCAUGCUCUCUACGAUGUUUUCACCAAGGAUGUGGAUUGGAUUGCGAGUCGAGAGAAAGAAACGUGGUCUGAAGUAUUCGAUACCUACAUGUUGAAGUUAGAGUCAGAAUGCGAUGACAUCCUCGGUCAUCCUGAAUUGAGAAAGCUGUACGCGCCGGACAGUGGCGAGAAGUUUGACUUGUUGCUGAUUGAGAUGCUUUUUUAUCCAUCUCUUAUGCCUCUCGCUACGCGAUUUGACGUUCCAGUCAUCGGAAUGGCGUCUUUGGGUCUAAGUUUCAACAUCCAGUACGUGAUCGGCAAUCCUAUUAUGCCGUCUCAUCCAUCAAAUUGGGAUACAGACGACAAAGUCUUUGGUGAAUUGACACUUUGGCAAAGAAUGAAGAACUUCAUACGUACAUGGAAAUAUUUGUACAAAUACAGGACCCGUUACCUGCCAGCGCAGCAGGCGAUGGCGAGAAAAUAUUUUGGAAACGACAUUCCUGAUAUCAGCGAUAUCGAGCGGAACGUCAGUUUGGUUUUUGUCAACCAGCAAUCGCCGAUUACGUACCUUAGACCAAAUGUCCCGAAAAUGAUAGACUUCGGUGGAUUUCACGUCACCAAAAAAAUCAAGCCACUCUCAAAGGAUCUUCAAAAGAUUUUGGACGAUUCAACGCAAGGCUUCAUUUACAUGAGCCUCGGAUCAAAUGUGAAAAGUGUGAUGUUGCCUAAUGAAACGCGGGAAGAAUUCAUCGCUGCCUUUUCGAAAUUACCAUACACUGUUAUUUGGAAAUUUGAGGAUGAAUUUCUUCCAAAUCAACCAGACAAUGUCCUUAUAAUGAAGUGGGCUCCACAGCAGUCCAUCCUAGCACACCCGAACCUGAAAGUUUUCAUAUACCAAGGAGGACUGCAAAGCACGGAGGAGGCAGUAUCUCACGGCGUACCUGUAAUUGGGUUUCCAGUGCUUGCCGACCAGGACGUACACGUUAGCAAACUGGCGUCUCUUGGUGUUGGUAAAAAGUUAGAAAUUCUUACCGUAAAAAGAGACGAGUUGCUUGGAGCGAUACACUCAGUUGUCUCUGACACAAGUUACAAGAAACGCAUGUUGGACUUGCGAAAUUUGCUCAAAGACAAGCCUUACGAUGCGAUGGAGAACGCGAUUUGGUGGACAGAGCAUGUGAUACGUCAUAAAGGAGCUCCGUAUCUGCAGUCCACUACGGCCGACGAGCCGUGGUAUCAGCGUCAAGAUAUGGACAUUAUUUUCAUAAUUUCCGCCGGAUUUCUCGUAGCUUUAAGUUUUACAUUAGUUGUAUUCUUCAAGUUGUUGAUUUGCAGUAUUCGUGCCUUCAAUAAGCUGCCGGCCAGCAAAAAAGACAAACUCAAUUAAUUUAUUUUGGUAAUUGUUGCUGUAGAUUACGAGAAGUAUUAACGUAUUG